ACCUUCCAGAAGUUUGCUAUAAACCUACCAUGACUCCAUGAGCUUUGUCAGAGCAAAUGAUCCUCUAGAGUUUUCAAUAAUUACCUAAAUUUUUUAACAAUCUUCAAUCAUAUGUUUAGCUAAGUGCCUAAUACUGUAUUACUGUCAUACAUAUUUACUACAAAAUUCAUACAUUCAGAUGUUCUGUCUUAAAUUUGCAGCUGCAAAAAGCUGCACUUCCAUGUUUACAAGCUUCAAAUUUUUUAGUAAUGUGGAUAUCAGCUUCAAGAGAGUGUUACUGAAUAACACCCCUCCAAAGAAUUUUUCUCCUCUGCAAAAUCACUUUAUCUUGUCAAAAGCCCCUAAACUCCAGUCAAAGCCCACCAAAUCAGUGCCUUUGCCUUUGAGGGUGUUUCUGGGUGCUGGAUCAGUCGUCUGUGCUAAGGUAUUUGCUGGAGAUGUGUGGGUGCAAUGCAAGCAGGGUGCUGUCAAAGUAUCAGCUCCAGAAGAGGCGCUCUUGACAGCUCGACUUCAGAAGUCAGAUGACACAAAUAGUGACAGCAAAGAUGCUCUUGAUAAUGAGGAUCUUGUGUUUGACUGGUAUUAUUUCUGGACACUCCUCAAACCCCAGCUGCAUUAUUUCCUUGGUGCAGUUGCUACGGCCCUGGUAGUAGCACUAGCCAAUGUGCAGAUCCCACUGCUGCUUGGAGAUCUAGUGAACGUAGUGGCGGAGCAUGCAGGCAACACAGCGAGAGAUGCGCAACAAUUCUGGAAGGAUGUUACUCAGCCUGCCUUGAAGCUUGUUAAAAUAUACAUUGUGCAGGCAGGAUUCACUUUUGGAUACAUCACAUGUCUGACGUUGAUGGGGGAGCGCCUGGCAGUGCAGUUGAGGGAAGAACUCUUCCGUUCCCUCCUGCAGCAAGACAUUGCUUUUUAUGAUCAGCACAGAACUGGGGAGCUUGUAAACCGCCUCACGGCUGACGUGCAGGACUUCAAGAGCUCCUUCAAGAUGUGCGUCUCGCAGGGCAUCCGCAGCGUCACGCAGGUGAGCCGCUGUUACAUCGCUUCGUUCACGUUCUAUCCCAGUAAUAAGGUGCCACUAACGAGCUUGAUUAUAAUAAUGCGAGGUGUUGCAGGUGGCGGUGGCGACAGGUGUGGCGGAGGAGUGUGUGUGAUGGAGGAGGUGUUGCAGGUGGCGGUGUCGACGGGUGUGGCGGAGGAAUGUUUGGGCAACAUACGCACCGUGCGGAGCUUCGCCAGCGAGGAGCAGGAGAUGCAGCUCUUCUCGCAAGAGGUCGACAAGAGCAGAGCCAUGAAUGAAACUCUCGGCUUCGGCAUUGGAAUAUUUCAGGCAGGAUCUAACCUGUUCCUAAAUGGCGUCGUGCUGCUGACGCUGUGGCUUGGAGGCUCGCAGCUCGCGAGUGGCAACCUACGGCCUGGUGACCUCAUGACUUUCCUGACGGCGUCGCAGACCAUCCAGCGCUCCCUGGGGCAGCUCUCUGUACUCUUCGGCUACUACGUCAGGGGCGUCAGCGCUGCUACCAGAGUCUUCGAGUUCGUGCACUUGAAGCCAAGCAUCCCCCUGACGGGCGGCCUGAGGAUCCCGUACCACUCGCUGUGUGGCAGCGUGCGCUUCAACAACGUCUGCUUCUCCUACCCCACCAGGCCGGAGCAGGAGGUCCUGCACAAGUUCAGUCUGGAAAUUCCUGCUGGCAAGACGGUGGCUGUGGUGGGAGAAAGCGGUGCUGGCAAAACUACCGUCGGCCAUCUCUUGGAGCGGUUUUACGACGUAGACCACGGCAGCAUCACGAUCGACGACGUUGACCUGAGACGUCUGGACCCGGCUUGGGUGCGAGGUCGUCUGAUCGGCUUCAUCCACCAGGAGCCUGUGCUUUUCCAUACCUCCGUCAUGGAGAACAUCAGAUACGGACGUCCUGACGCCACCGAUAGCGAGGUGAUCGCAGCCGCUGAAGCUGCCAACGCGCACGGCUUCAUCUCGCGGUUCCCCGCAGGGUACGCGACGGUUGUGGGGGAGCGCGGCGUGACGGUCUCGGGAGGCCAGAAGCAGCGCAUCGCCAUCGCUAGAGCGCUCCUCAACAACCCCAGGAUCCUCGUGCUGGAUGAAGCGACCAGUGCCUUGGACGCGGAGUCGGAGCGCGUGGUGCAGGCAGCGCUGGAGCGCUGCAGCGUCGGCCGCACGGUCAUCGUCAUCGCGCACAGACUCUCCACCAUACAGGCCGCCGACACCAUCGCCGUGCUCAGCAGGGGCAGGCUGGUCGAGGUUGGCACGCACGAGUCUCUGAAGAAGCUGGGCGGGUACUACGCUCAGCUCAUCAGGCAUCAGCAGAAGACGUAGCAGCAGUGCUGCUUCUUAGCGCUCCAUUGAACUAUGUCCCCUCGCACGAAAAUCUCGGAAAUAUAUAAUAUCAAUUUAGUCCUUGUACAGUUUAAAUAAAGAAAAA